ACCGGGGUGCCAUUUCAGAGCGAGAGGGCGGAGAUGGAAUAUUCAGAUCAGCUGAGUGACAGCUCGUGUUUUCCACGGUUCUCAGAACUCCACUGGCUCCUUCCUCCAACUCCUCACUUCAGAGUUGAGGCUACUAAAAACAUCGGACGCUAGGGGAUAGAGACGUUGCCUGCCUCUAUGUGCAGGGCACUUUACUGAUCUUUUGGGGGUCGCUUUUUAAUUAUUUUUAUUUUAGUUGUCUGAAGAUCCGUUUAGUGAGCUGAUUAUUCUACACAAGUUAAUUUUCCGUGCUUUCCUCUUUGGAAUCAGCAGCAGCAGACCCGCAUUGAGGCAUGUCUUACCCCCAGGGUUACCUCUACCAGCCGCCGGGCUCCCUGGCGCUCUACUCCUGUCCGGCUUACGGGGCUUCAGCCCUGGCCGCCCCGAGGAGCGACGAGCUGGCCAGGUCGUCCAGUGGAUCAGCAUUUAGUCCUUACCCCGGAUCAGCUGCUGCCUUCACGGCUUCAGCCAGCGGCUUCUCCAGCCCAGUGCCAUACUCCACAGACCCUGCCACGGGAUUCCCUUCCUACAUGAGCUCUCCUUACGACACGCAGGGCAUGGCCGGGGCGCUCAGCUACCACCCGUACGGCAGCCCGGGAUACCCCUACCAGCUCAACGACCCGGCCUACCGCAAGAACGCGACCCGAGACGCCACCGCCACCCUGAAGGCCUGGCUACAGGAGCACAGGAAGAACCCCUACCCCACCAAGGGAGAGAAGAUCAUGUUGGCCAUCAUUACUAAGAUGACCCUGACGCAGGUGUCCACCUGGUUCGCCAACGCCAGGAGGAGGCUGAAGAAGGAGAACAAGAUGACGUGGGCUCCCCGGAAUAAGAGUGAGGAUGAGGAUGAUGGAGACGGAGAGAGGAAUGGUGACUGCUUGGAGAAGAACCUUGACAACAGUGAGACGUCAGCGGAGGAUGAAGGUAUCAGUUUGCACGUUGAUACCCUCACAGACCAUUCUUGUUCAGCGGAGUCUGAUGGGGAUAAGGUGAGCUGUAGGAUCGGGGACCUGGUCUGUGAGUCUGGGUCAGACACUAAGGACAAAUGUGAGGAUGAUGAUGAUGAUCUCGAGCUGAAGAAUGAUGAACGACACCGAAGCCUGUCACCUAAAGCCGUGACAUCAUCACCACUAACAGGACUCGAGGCCUCGGUCUUGAACCAUCACCACCGGGAAAACAACAACAAAUCAUGUCUUGACAACCGAAUGUCUUCCGGUCCUCACAAUCAAGCCGUCAAACCCAAACUGUGGUCGUUAGCGGAGAUCGCUACUUCAGAUCAGAAGCAGCAGCAGCAUUACCCGGGGCAGACCUGCCCAUCCCUCGGUCUUCUAACAUCCACCUCCUCCACCCCUUCCCCGGCCGUCCCUGGCACUGUGUACACCGCCUCUUCUAUCCUAGGACGACCCAUCUACUACACGUCUCCGUUUUACAGUAAUUACACAAACUAUGGCAACUUCAGCCCGCUGCAGGGUCAAGGGAUUCUGCAGUAUAACUCUGCUGCUAACGACGGACUCACACAGACUGCUGCUGAGGUCAGCGCCAUGCAUAAACACACCACUGACUCUCUGCUUAAAACGAACUCUAACCACGUUGAACAACAGUUCAGACCCUCACAUUUAUACUCUAAGAAAGGUACGUAACAUGCAACAAAUACAACAAACAUUGUGUUUUUGUGCAAUUAUAGUUUCAAAAUAAUGACUUUUAUUUUAUGCAUUUUAAUUCACUUCAUUGGCCUUCUACUGAAUAUGUGAUGUUUUAAAAGAACAGAGACCUAUUGCUCACUCCCAGAAGGCUUAUGAAGGCCUCAGUGUUAUCCGUGCUAGUGUAGGCCUGAGUUGGUGGUAGCUGUAAUGCCAGCCUGUGUGUCAGAAUGUCUCUCAGGGCAAUAAGCAGAGAUAUGUUGUUGUCAUAACAGAGGUUCUAUUAACAGAACUUAUUGAGACCUGCUCACACAGUAGGAACACAGCGUUACCUAGCAAGGUAAGAAGAUUGGCUAUUAAGGACACCAAAUGAUUGUGUUUUAUAAUUGGUUUUCACAAUAAUUAGAUACCAUCAUGUUUGAUUUUUAACAACAAGUUGUGCAAUUUAUAUUAUAGUAUCAGUGACUGGUGGGCCACUUUUUGUUAUGUGAGACCUUUACCUUUUCAACUUCAGCUCUUACUUAAUACAACCCGGAAGGACUUUAGGGCAAGCUCUGUGGGCUAAAGGUGAGGUUCUAAAGGUCAUGUUAUGGCUCAGAUUCAGGUCUACAGGUAGGCGUCACCCCUGCACCCUGGUCUUAACAUUAACCUAACUAACCUUUCUCUGAAAGUGAAGAGCAGCAUCUUGCUCCUCAGACAAGACGCCUGGCCUGCAGCACUACAGCUGUUCUCCUCAGAGACAGGCCCGAAGGAUUAAUUAAACCUGAUUCAGGGUUGGGGGAUGAAUUAACCCUGACUUAUUCUAUCAUUUCACUUUCGUUUUCAUGAGAUGUGCGUUGACUGGUGCAGUGGAUGUCCCGCUUUAUGUGAUGAUUUUGGAAGACGGUAUUUCUCAGGAUGCAUCUGCUUCAUUGCCACGGUAUAUUAUACUUUAUGUGAAGACAAUAUUAGGUCUAUUAUACUUUAUGUGAAGAUAAUAUUAGGUAUAUUAUACUUUAUGUGAAGACAAUAUUAGGUAUAUUAUACUUUAUGUAAAGACAAUAUUAGGUACAUUAUACAUUAUGUGAAGACAAUAUUAGGUAUAUUAUACUUUAUGUGAAGAUAAUAUUAGGUAUUUUAUACUUUAUGUGAAGAUAAUAUAAGGCCUUCUGUAUUUUAUUUGUAAAGGAUGUAUGAGGUCUGGAGAUGGGAGUGAUGAACUUGAGGAAUCUAAGUGGAAUACAUUUGAUAUUUAUUUUUUUAAUGACGGAAAAUGCUGCCUAUUAUUUAUGCAAGUUGUAUUGCAAAGGACACUGAACAUUGUUUUGUAAAUACAUUAUGCCCGUUUUUAUUUGAAACGCAUUUGAAAGUUACACAAUCUUGUUAACAAGAGUGUUUUUACUAAUUUAUAUCUUAUUGUAAAUAAAACGCGCUAUUGUGUUAUACUGGCGAGGUAGUGCUAUUUAUUAUUCAAAGGAAAACCAAAUUAAAAUGUUUUCCUCUGUAUUUCAAUCUGCUUUCAUUAUUUCAUUCAUCUCCUUCAUAUUGUCGCAUGAAAAUGUAUUUUGUCUUUGGUUAGGCUACUGCUUUUAAAAAUCUCAUUAUUAAUCAAGUAUAAACGAUAAGACUUUUGGGAAUGCCGUAGCCUGUAUUAAUUGAUAUGUUUGUUUGAGACUGCACAGUGGAGAGAAGCUUACCACCUAUCCGUUUCUAAAGGGCCUUUUCACCCCAUUCUUAUGGCCGUUUAGCUCCAUCCGGGGACUACUCGUGACCUUGGUUGGGAUAAAUGAUAUGCUUAUUAUAAAUG